CAUUGUCAAAAUUUGUUAUUCAAUGGCGGGAACGCGAAUAUUAUCAUGGUGAUUUGUUGAAAAUUGUAUACCUUUUUUAAAGUAUGAUUUCAUUAUCUUGACAAUGGAUUUAAUAGAAUCAAUUAAGAAAGACAAGGCCUAUUUAAAAAGUAAAUUAAUCGUAAAAACUUGGGAAAAGGAUUUCAAACUUAAACACUCGCGCACACCAUCGAAGUUUGAUAUAAAAGAAGCUCCUGCAAAAAUAAAAUAUGCAUAUAAAAAAUAUUUUAUGUUGAAAAGUACUGCUCUUGAAAACUCUUUGUCUAUUUGUGAUUAUGAAGAAGAAUUUAAUUUGUCUCCAGAAAUUAUGCUUCCUAUAGAAAGUGCUCCUGAUUUUGCUCGUGACGUUGAAAAUGCUUCGGAAUCAUUAAUACCAGCGCUACCCAGUGGUCAAGAGCUAGACAGAUUGUUUUCAAGUCCUAAAAUUAAUCACAACUAUGAGAGCCCUAUAACCGAUAAUUUGUCAAAGAAAUUGUUUCACAAUAGAAAAUUUUCUAUAAGAAAUCCAAGAAAAUCUUCAGUGUUUAGGUCACAACAAAUUUAUGAGUCACAAGGUGAAAAUAGUCAAAGUGAUCAAAAUAAGACAGAUUUGUCGGAGCUGAAUGUAACUGAACAAUCUUGUAAUAGUGUGUUGAACAAUGUUAAAUUAAUAACAAAUAAUGCCACUACUAGCCAGACCAGAGAUAAGCCAGAAGAGCAAAUAAUUUUGUCUGAAAACAUUUUAAAUACAACCUCAAAUGUGACUGAUAGUUUAAAAAAAUCUUCCAUCCGGCAAAUAAAUAUAGGAUGGCUCGAAAGGGCCACUGGAUGUACAAAUGACAGUAUGAAUAAAAAUUAUUCCUCAGAUCAUGUGGAAGCAUUUGGUUUAGGAAAUUUAUCAAUGUCUAACUCAAACCAACCGAUUGAUUUUGUUGAAAACAGUGAUUCUGAUGACGAUAUUGCUAUUAGUAAAUUGAAACCAGCUCUAAAGAAGCGGAAACUUAACGCUUCACAAGCUCUCAAAAGUGAUGAUAGACAUAAGGACCAUGUUAGCAAUGACCUCUCAAUCAAUGUUGAAGCUACAGGGAAAAAAACAAGGAACAAAAGUAAAACUUCCAUCAAAGCUGCAAAAGAUGUAAAAAUGUCUGAAAAUAAAAAAGGUGACAACCUUAAUGAGCAACCACCUGAUUUAGCAGAAUAUUUACCUUUUGGUUUAGUUGAAAAAGUUAAUCCACGCCAUACCAAUGUAUCAGAUAUCCUUAAAACUGUAGAUUCAUCAGUCAAAAAACCUAAUUCAAAAACUUUAGGUAAUACAGAGGGAAUUGAUAAAAUUGAAAAGAAAAUCCAAAGUGGCACAUUAAAUGAGAAUUUUGUAAAAAUUAAUAUAGAAAAAAAAGUGUUUGUACGAGGAAGAAAAGGCUUUAAUUAUUCAAAAUAUAAAAAACAGUUGUGGAAAGACAAAAAAGCACUUCAUGGUGGAAUGGAGUUCCCUGAAGGAGGAAAAAUAACAUGUUUUAAAUGUGGUUCAGAAGGCCAUAUGGCCCGUUAUUGUACAGCACAGAGAGAAAAUUCUCUUUUAGCUUUAGAACAAUGUGAUGAAAGUGAUAUGCCAACAUUAGAGGAUAUGCAAAAAAUCAUUAGUGAGAACAAUAAGGAAUCAGAGGAAUCAAUUGAGCAACAAUUGAGUUCUUUUGUUUAUGAAGCUACUAAAGUGCCAGAUGAGUUUAUGCAACUAUUAGCUGGCACUCCAGUAAACGCAAGUGAAAUAAAAUCAGUAUACAAUGAAUCUGAGGAAGAUACCAAAAAAAUAUAUGACAUUCUAAAAAAAUUUGGCCAUGAUUCAUUUCGUCCCGGUCAAGAAGUAGCUAUUAAGCGUAUUCUUUCAGGAUUGUCUACUUUACUUAUCUUGUCCACAGGUGGUGGAAAGUCUCUGUGUUAUCAGCUACCUGCUUUUAUCUAUAGCCAACACUACAAAUGUAUAACUUUAGUAAUUUCACCACUGGUUUCAUUAAUGGAAGAUCAAGUAUUAAGUAUGCCUGAAUUUUUAAAAGCAGGAUGUUUGCAUACAAAUCAAGCACCUACACAAAGACGUAAAAUAAUAGAAUGUUUAAAAAAUGGUGAAAUUAAUAUUUUGCUCAUUUCACCUGAAGCUCUUAUUGCUGGUGAUACUUCGAGUGGAUUUGCAGGGUUAUUUAAAUCUCUACCUAACAUUGCAUUUGCAUGUAUCGAUGAAGCUCACUGUGUCUCCCAGUGGAGUCAUAACUUCCGUCCUAGCUAUCUUAUGAUUUGUAGAGUUCUGAGAGAGAAAUUGAAUGUAAAAUGUAUUCUUGGUUUAACCGCUACAGCAAGUCAGGCUACAAUUAACAGUGUGAUUGAUCAUUUAAAUAUUCCAGAUGGUUGUAAUGGUGUUGUUACCAACCCUGCACUGCCGAGUAACUUGUAUUUGUCUGUUUCUUUUGAAAAAGAUAAAGACAGAGCAUUAGUUUCUUUGCUAGCAUCUGAAAGAAUCAAUUCAUUCAACUCUAUAAUAGUGUACUGUAUUAGAAGAAAUGAAUGUGAAAGAGUUGCUGGAAUAAUAAGAGCUUGUCUUUCACAGCCAGGAAAAAUAAACAUGGAACAACAAAGUAAGAAACGCAAAAGAAUGUCUUAUGUUGCUGAACCGUAUCAUGCAGGCAUGUCGGCAGCUCAAAGAAAAAAAAUUCAAAAGCACUUCAUGGAUGGUACAAUAAAAAUUAUUGUUGCAACAGUUGCUUUUGGUAUGGGUAUCAAUAAAUCAGAUAUUAGAUGUAUAAUACAUUAUAACAUGCCACCUAGUUUUGAAUCAUACGUCCAAGAAGUUGGAAGAGCAGGUAGAGAUGGUCAACCUGCCAUAUGCCACGUAUUUAUGAGUAGUAGUACUUCUGAUAAGGAUGAAUUGCUCAAACAUAUAUAUGCAAAUUCUAUUGAAAGGACAGUCAUAAGGAAACUUCUUCAAAAGGUAUUUAUACCUUGCAAAUGUAUGUCUUCAAAGAAUUCAGUCAACGAAAACAGAUGUGAAGGACAUGAAGUUAGUAUUCCUAUUGAUAGUACAGUUGAAGAAUUAGAUUUACCGUCUGAGAAUAUAGCAACACUGUUGUGUUAUAUAGAACUGCACCACAAACAUUACAUAAAAGUGCUUAACAAUGUUUAUACAAUGUGUAAGAUUUCAUCAUAUGGAGGCCCUAUCAAAAUUUUAGAAGCCGCUAAAACUUGUCCUCCACUUGCCAUGGCCUAUUUAAUAGAAGGAAAGAAAGACGCUAAUGUAACAAAGAAUAGUGUUUUAGAAUUCAAUGUUAUUGAAGUAGCAGCAGCAAUUGGUUGGGAAAGUGGAAUGACGAAAUAUCAUUUGAAAAAUUUAGAAUGGAUUACAAAGGAGGGUACUUCAAAGAGGUCUCUCUUAAAAGUAGAAUUUAAUACACUAGGGUUCAAAUUGAAAGCUCCUGGUGACUUAUCUGCUUCAGAACUAGACAAUGUAUUAGAUGAAUUGCAUAAAAUUGUGUAUGACCAGGAAAAGAAUCAGUUGCAUCAGUUGGAAGAAAUCAGUCAUGCCUUCAGUAAUUUUUGCAAUCAUUCUUGGGAUCAAAUAACUUUUUCUGAAGAAAACAUGGAAGAAAAAUCUAAUGAAUUAAAAUCUAUCAUAAAUAAUUAUUUUUCAAGACAAAAUGCUAUGGCAGACAAUAUAGAUUUAAAAGAGAGACCCUUGGACAUUGAAAGUGUUACUUCUGAUGUUCGAGCAUUAAUAGCCACUUACAAGGAUUGUAAAUUCACUGGUAGGAGUGUUGCCAGAAUAUUUCAAGGAAUACAAUCGCCAAAUUAUCCAGCUAUAGUAUGGGGAAAAUGUAAGUUUUGGAGAUCACACCUUCAUGAAGAUUUCUAUGGCAUUGUUAAAAUAGCCACACAACAAAUAUUCCAAAUGAAAAUGUAAUCUUACUAAUGACAAUAUUUUAUAUCAAUGAAAUAUUUCUACUUUGACUUGAUAAGACUAGAUACAUAAAUAUAAGUAAUAAAUUAUUGAUUUUAUGUAAAA